AUGAGUCGUGGCGAGACCAUCGCGUUUGGUGUCCUCAUUCCCAUCCUCGUUAUCCUUUCCGGCGUAUUCGCCGGACUUACGCUGGGAUACAUGUCUCUUGACGAGACACAGCUUAACGUCCUGAGCAUCAGUGGUACUCCAAAGCAGAAGCUCUAUGCGAACAAGAUCAAGCCUAUCCGCAAAGACGGACAUUUGCUGCUCGUCACGCUCCUACUCGCCAACAUGAUUGUCAACGAGACACUCCCGGUCAUUGCCGACCCCAUACUCGGCGGCGGUGUCCAGAGUGUUGUCGUGAGUACGGUCCUUAUCGUGAUCUUCUCGGAGAUCAUUCCCCAGUCUCUUUGCACACGCUAUGGGCUGUAUUUUGGUGCCAAGAUGGCGCCAUACGUGCGCGUGCUCAUCUGGACUUUGGGUAUUGUCGCGUAUCCGGUGGCCAAGCUGCUCGAGUUAGUGUUGGGCCCUCAUCAUGGUAUCAUCUACCGCCGUGCCGAGCUCAAGGAGCUGAUCGCUAUGCACUCCAAUGUCGGCGAGCUCGGUGGUGAUUUGAACAGAGACACUGUCACGAUCAUCGGUGGUGCCUUGGACUUGCAAGAAAAAGUCGUUAAGCAGGCGAUGACGCCGAUUGAGGAUGCGUUCAUGCUCAGUAUCGACUCACGUCUGGACUUUGAGACGCUCCGGAAGAUCUGUCGCACUGGCCACUCUCGAAUCCCUGUAUACGAAGAAGUUGAGAUCCCAGCGCCCGCCUUGGUAAUGGGUGCCCCAGUUAGCAACGAUAUCAUGAACGCUCCGAUCGCCGAAGUCCGGAAGGACGGCCCCACGUCUUCGAAGAUGGUCAAGGCGAAGAGAAUCGUCGGUAUCCUGCUCGUGAAACAGUGCGUGCUACUAGACCCGAAGGAAGCAACGCCAGUGCGGAAGAUACCGCUCAACAAGGUGCCGCUCGUACCCCACAACGAACCCCUCCUCGGCAUCCUCGAUAAGUUUCAAGAUGGUCGCUCACAUAUGGCUAUCGUUUCGCGGUUCAGCGUGGAGCGUGCUGCUAGCGUCAAGCAGGCGGUGAAACGCGGGUUGACGCAGCGCCUCAAGGAGACAUUCCAGGACAGCGACAGCGAUGAUGAAAGCAGCGAAUCCGAAACCGAAGGCCGCACGCAGUCACGGUGGAAGCGCUUUGGUCGGAGACGGAGCCAGCAGAGCGGAAGUGAGAACGAGGAAACGUUGCGCGAGGAGGCGAGCGACGAUGCGGGGUCGCGCACGAGCGGCGGCGGUGGGCGCUCGAAGAGACUGCGUGCGUUCGGCACGCGCGGUCGCAGAAAGCAGAAGGCCACGCGUCUCGGGGACGUCGAUCUGGAGAUGGGAGUCGUCGAGGGCGCUGCGCCACAGGAAGACCAGCAGCAGCAACAGCAAGCCGCAGGGAGCCGCAGUCGCCUCCCCAGUAUCGCGUUGCCGCGUAUGGGCUUUUGGGGCAACGAACAGAAUGUCCCUGCGGACGCCGUUUUGUCGACCGAGGGUGCAGAAGAGCUCUUGCAAAGCAUGGAUCCGGCUGUCAUGCCUUUAGGUAUCAUUACGUUGGAGGACGUCUUGGAAGAGCUUAUCGGCGAGGAGAUCUACGAUGAGUUCGACCCGCAAGGCCACCCGGAUCUGUCGUCAUACGCGGGCGCCGGCGGGGAGCCGAAGCCGAAACCAAAGCUGAUGGCGGGCGGUAUACUGCGCCAUAGACGUUCAGCGCCACAACUCGCGCCUCAGUCGAAGGUGACUGACGGGACAUCAGUGGCCCCGGGAAUUCAGGUGUCCAGUUCUGUCCCUGCCAGUAGCGCGGAUGGUCUCGCGGUGUCUCCAAGCGCAAGUCCGACACCGAAGACGCCUACACUACCGGUUGUGAAACCAACGGCGAUGCACACCCUACCGUUGCGCGGACUAAACGCACUGAACCUCAAAGGCAUCGGGUCUCGCAUAGCAAGGUCCCGCAGUGCGCCGCCCACACCCCGCGACGAGACUGCUAGCGAACCCGGUGAGGUAACACCCACUGUUCCGGAGGGCAUUGUCGUGGUGACGCCGGCGCCGGCGGGUGCUGGCGCAGACCAUGAACUUAGCCAGGAAUCCCCCGUGAUUUUCAUGGAUGCAGCCCAAUUGACAAGUCCGCAGCCCGUCGUGAGCGUGCCGCAAGUGAUCAACGCGGAAUCGGUCGCGCGGGCGAAGCUGUCGCCGCCACAGUCGCCGGUGCCGCUAACUGUCAACGCGCUCGCGACAGCUUCGAAGCCGACAUCGCGCAGCUCAUCGCCGUCGCCGUCGCUAGAGCAGGCUAUCCUGAUCGAGCGCAAACGACGGGCUGCGUCGGCGGGCGCAGGGAGUAUGCCAUUGCCGAAGGGCGCGCGAUUCAAGAGCAGCCCGCUGACGGGUGAGCGCCUGCGGAAGCAGUUGAGCGAAGGCGGGGAGGCGGUGGUUUUUGACGAGAAGGAAGAGCCCGAGGAGGGCAAGUACUAGUCGUGAGUUGUUCAGCAGUCCUAGAAUGUGCUUUCUCGCUUUGUUUCGUCGAUCCCGCCCAUGCACAUGGAAACAGUACGUUGUUUUAAUUCGACAUUGUGUAACAUAUGUAUCGAUACUGCAGUUGUGGAUGUAGCACGGUCGUGAUAGCUAGCUCUCGUCGCUCUCUGUACUUACCUCAUAGUGAUACAGCGUAGUGUCGCCUCGGAAUCGGAUUUCUCA